GCGAGACAUAUUAUAGCAUAACUUGUUAGUUACAAUGCGACGACAAGCGGCGCAGCGGCUUGUCGCGGCCUUGUUCGCUCUACUUGCGCUUCUAUUUGGAGUUCUGAUUGUGAGCGCGCACGCUCAAGCUGCAGCUGGAGCUGAUGUCAGCGAGUCAGUUCCGAAUCUCUUAAGCCUUGCGGGGAUCGCCAGGGCAUGGCGGGAGUUCUGGGCUAUUGUGGGGCCGGGUGGCAAGCUACACCCUGCAUAUUUCCUAGAGCACAAGGGGCACCUGGUUAUCGAGGCUGCGCUCAUCGUGGUCAUCGUUUACCUAGCUCUACAGCAUUCCUUCAAGGUGCAUCCGCGCGCUGAGGACCCGCUGACCGACAAGGAGAUUGACCAACUAUGCAAGGAGUGGACACCGGAGCCGCUAGUGCCCACGCUCCCGGAAUCGGAGCGCAUUGAGCCCACCGUCAUUACUGGGAUCGAUGGGCCGUACGUGUACGUGCAGGGCCGCAAGGAGAAGGUGCUGCAGAUGGCUGCCAGCAACUACCUGGGCAUGGCGGCAGACAAGGAGGCCAAGGACGUGAGCGUGGCGGCGGUGGACAAGUACGGCGUGGGCAGCUGCGGCCCGCGCGGCUUCUACGGCACCAUCGACGUGCACCUGGAGCUGGAGGAGGAACUGGCGAAGUUCUACGGCACAGAGGCAGCCAUUAUCUACAGCUAUGACGUUGCCACCGUCGCCUCCAUCAUCCCCGCCGUUACCAACCGCAAGGACAUUAUCGUGUGCGACGAGUUCUGCAGCUACGCGGUGCAGGCGGGCUACACCGUGAGCCGUAGCCGGCUGCGCACCUUCAAGCACAACGACGUGGCGGACCUGGAGCGGGUCAUCCAGGAGCUGGAGGCGGAGGAGAAGGCCAAGCGGCGGCCGCUAUGCCGCAAAUUGAUCAUCGUGGAGGGCAUCUACGCCAACUACGGCGACCUGGCGCCGCUGGACCGCAUCGCACUCAUCAAGGAGAAGUACAAGUACCGGCUCAUGGUGGAUGAGUCGCACGCGUUCGGUGUGCUGGGCGCCACCGGCCGCGGUGCAUGCGAGCACUUUGGCCUCAAGCCGGAGCAGGUGGACAUCAUCGCUGCCUCCAUGAGCCAUGCCAUGGGCAGCGUGGGCGGCUUCUGCGUGGGCGACCGCACUAUCGUGGAUCACCAGCGGCUGUCCGGCUCCGGCUACUGCUUCUCCGCCUCGCUGCCGCCCUACCUGGCGGUCGCCGGCAUCAACAUGCUGCGCCGCCUGCGCGCCGGCACGACUCCAUCGUCAGGGGGAUCGUCGGGGCAGCAACAGGGCGACAAGGCGGGCUCGGGCGGGGCCGGCGAGGUGCUGCCCAAACUGCACUCCAAGAUCCGCGCGUUCCGGACCGACCUCAUGCGCGGCGUGCCGGGCCUGAAGCUCUACGGCGGCGGCGUGCUGUCGCCAGUGCUGCACCUCCACGUGGCCAAGCCCGUCAGCGAGGCCGCCGACACCGCCGCACUGCGUCGCGUGGCGGAGCUCAUGUUGACCAGUGGCUGUGGCGGCGGCGUGGGCGGCGUGCUUGUGGGCGUGCCCCAGUACGCCAGCAUUGAGCACCGCCGGCCGCCGCCUAGCCUGGAGAUCUUCGUGACACUGGGCUUGGGCGACAAGGAGCUGGGGCUGGCAGCGGGCGCGCUGCGAAAGGCGGCCAAGGAGGUGUUCAAGCAGUAGGCAGAAAAGUCUUGCUGUGAGCGUGCGGUAUAGAAUGCGGGUGCCAAAGCACGAGUGAUGAAUGCGGCUUGUAAGAGCGUGUUGGCCUCGCAUCGGGUCAGGAUGAGCAGUAGAUAGCUCGCUAAGGGGCGGGAGCUCUGGAUUGGGUGCGUUAUGGGUCUGCGGACAAGGGAUUCCGUGCUGGGCGUUGAUGGGUGCACAACAAACUUGCAGACGCACUUGUGGCUUAGCGUCGGGGGCCCGCGCUCUAGAACAUGGCGACAAACAUGGGUAUUGACGUGCUUGAACAUGGGUGUGCGAUGGGACAGUGGUAAGGCAGGUUGGUGAAGUCCCAAACCCCAGCAGAGGGCAGGCUGAGGAGCGGGGACGUGACGUCAACUCCGGAACCAACAUCCGGCACCAUCCCCUGUCCGGCACGCGCUGGUGGAGAUGCUGCUGGGGCACAAGCGCCCUGCAUCGCUGCAGACUGGCAGCGGCGGCGGCGGCGGCGGCAGCAGCGGGGGCACGUGCGCGCAUCUUGGUAGCGGAGGGGGCGGGAAAGGCCACGUGGAGGAGGAGCGCGCAGCUGCGCAGCGCCGCCCAAGAAGCGGCGCAAGCGCGCAGGCUGAGGAGCCGGCUGGUGUCUAGGUAGCGGUCCGCGGUGGGGCUGGCAGGGCAUGCGUAGCGGCAUGACAAGUAGUGCGGCUGUUGACAACUGUACUGCGUCUGGCUACGGUUGGCUCUGCUGUGGCAUCGCGAUUGCUAGGCACCUGGUUUGGCUAUGUGCCUGUGGAAACCGACCCCGGCUAUGUCCGGGCGAUGAGGUUGCUCGGCCUCAGACUGUGGAGGGGCUCAGCCCCUUUUCCCGUGACCGGGGAACACUUGUCGCCCUUGACAGCCUCGUCUAGACGGGGCGGUUACCGCAGUUCCCAGGGGCUGGGCAGUGGGCACACAGCCGAGUCCAUCGACACCAGUCGCAUCUGACACGUGGACAUGUCCGAGGUGGCGUACUCCAUGAGUCCAUGUGGCUGUGCCCUGAUUGAUUUGCUGCUGCUCUGCCCCCUUGGAUUGCGCGUGUCGCCAACGUUAUAGGUGUCUGGAGGACAGGAAAAG